CAUCCCUCCCGUCGGCAUAUACUUGACGGCUAAAAAGUCAUUUGCGUCCUUUGCGACUCCGUCUGCAGCCGCUAUCAUGCAAAAAUGCUGAUGCAUGGAGCCAAAGCGUAAGAUGAUAAUCAAGGGAUCGUGCUUGCUCUACCUGCUGGCGACAGUGCCGGAGCUUAGCAGAAUGGUGUUGAAUCUGCUCGGCUACACCGUGAGCGCUUGUCUCGGAUAUACAGCUUCCUUCCGCGCAUCUGCUUGGCUGUGUGUGGGACGAUGCGGCUGCUCAGCAUCCUCUCGGUGUGAUUGACGAAUGUGUCGACGAACCUUUAAAACGAUCCGUCUAAGCGCCGAUAUCCCAAACCCCCCACAUGUCAUCCCACCUAAGUCGGACGCCCCCUCCCCUCACCUCGGCGAAGAUUGAUCCCACCCGCAACACCUUUCGCCAUGUCUCAAACACUCGCGCACAAUGCCAGCGGUGCGCCCUCCACCGUCAGCGAUACCGAGCGACCACCGCACACUUCCAACUCUAGUGACGGCGGCAACCAUGAGCUCAAAGAGAAGGACGUCGAGAUGGCAGAGAACCCCAUCGCUGCCAAAGCUGAUCCUGCGCUUGAGGACGAGUCGAAUUACGUGACUGGUCUCAGGCUUGUCUUGAUCAUGACCGCUGUCAAUCUGACUGUCUUCCUCGUAGCACUCGAUCAAACCAUUGUCUCGACUGCUGUGCCCAUCAUCACCAACCAAUUCCAAAGUUUUACCGACGUCGGAUGGUACGGAUCCGCUUAUUUGUUGACAUCUACUGCAUUCCAGCCUCUCUUCGGAAGAUUGUACUCUAGCUUCGACGUCAAGAACACCUAUCAAGCCGCGCUCUUCAUCUUCGAGAUUGGUUCUCUCAUCUGCGCGGUUGCGAAGGACUCCAAGACUUUCAUCGUGGGCAGAGCCAUUGCUGGUCUUGGUCUGGCUGGUGGUUACAGCGGUAGUAUGAUCAUCGUGAACAUCAUUGCUCCCUUGAGGCAACGUCCCUUGCUCACCAGUCUCAUGGGCGCCAGCUACGGCAUCGGAGCGACCAUCGGACCUCUCAUCGGUGGUGCCCUCACCUCGCACGCUACUUGGCGUUGGUGCUUCUACCUCAACUUGGUCCUCUACGCUCUUAUUGGGCCCGCGGUCCUCUUGGCCCUCCAGGUGCCCAAGGCAAAGCACGAGAAGACGGUCAUUCAGCGCAUCACCGAGAUCGACUGGCUCGGCAGCUUCCUGAUCCUCGGUUCUCUCAUUUCUCUCCUCCUCGUGCUUCAAUGGGGAGGUGUCGACUACGCAUGGGGCGACUCCAAGAUCAUCGGUCUCAUCGUCGGCUUCGUCGUCAUUGCCAUCGCUUUCCUUGUUGAUCAGUGGUUCAUGGGCGAGAUGGCUACAAUUCCUUUCCGACUGUUCAAGCAGCGAACGGUCGGCUUCGGCACCAUUGUCAACUUUGGUGUCGCAGGUGCAUACUUUACCGAGCUCUACUACUUGCCCAUCUACUUCCAAGCCGUUCGCGGCUCAUCUGCCAUUCGCGCAAGUGUCCAGAUGCUUUCAUUCAUCGUCGCUGUCGUCUUCGCAGUUACAGUCAUUGGCGGCGUCGUCAACAAGACCGGUCACUACAUCCCCUUCCUCAUCGUUGGUACCGCACUGGUGGCCAUCGGCGGUGGCAUCCUUUCCGUCUUCGAGGUUGACACCAGCCUUUCGGAGUACGUCGGUCUCCAAUUCUUGGCUGGUUUCGGUCCAGGCAUGAGUUGGAUGCUGCCGUUCAUUGCAGCCUCUGCGGCACUCGCUCCUCAAGACAUUGCGCUCGGCAGCGGUAUCGUCAUCUUCUUCCAGACUCUUGGUGGAACGAUCUUUGUGUCCGUCGCGCAGUCAGUGUUCCAAAACAAGUUCCAGCUUUACCUCAACGAGAUCCCUGGAGCCGACCCUGGAUCCAUCCUACGCCACGGUAUCUCCGCUUUCCGCGAGACCACACCUGCAGAGAUUCUACCGGCAGUGCUCGACGCUGCCAACCACGCCCUCGGCCGCGUCUGGAUCAUCGUCGGUGUGCUCGGCGCCUUCGCCUUUGUGGGCGUCUUUGGCAUGGAGCUCAGACGCAAGAUCCCUAUUGGCGCCAGCGCUCCUGGUGGUCUCUAAAGGUCACGCAGCGUCGCGGUCGGCAGCUCUUGACUACGCAUACCACUCCGACCCGAUCCUGCGAUCACCGCUCUCAAUUUCUAAUGUUCCAUUUCCACAAGAUUGUCCGAUGCUGCCUUUCCAGCGCCUGCCGUAUAAACGCCUAGACUCUUCUCCAUCAUGUACUAUUUGAAGACCCCACGAGUUCAAAUGAACACCGAAACGUCCAACCUUUGACCUGUGUUUGAGUGUCAUUUGCUCGUGCGCGCUUGAUCCGAAUGUUCUCCCCACCUGUCGCCGGUCUCUUCGCCCUCUCGAGGUGAGCAUACGACUAUGAUACGCUAUUUACGCUUGAAGACCUCAUCAUGACUUGUGUGACUCUUGGUGGGUUGUGGCCGAGCCCAUAAGCCUUGUUCAACACCUAGCUGUUUCACUCACGACUGCAAUGAUGUCACGUGCCCUCUGCC